AUGUCGCUUCGCCUGAGACAAGCUCUCGCCGUCGGCAAAUCUCUAUCUCUCAGACGCCAUUUCAAUCUUCAAGCUUUUUCCACUAUACCAGACAUCAAGCCUUUCAACUCGAGGAUCUCGAAUCUCAUGAAAAAUGGACAUGUCGAGCAAGCCCAACAACUGUUCGACCAAAUGCCUCACAGAAACACAGUCACUUAUAAUGCAAUGAUCAGAGGCUACAUUCAAAACGGGUCGUACGAAAAUGCUCUGUAUUUGUAUAAUAAAAUGCCGUCUCGUGAUAUAUUCUCGUAUAAUACGAUGAUUUCCGGGCUUAUGCGGGCCGGAGAUGUUAAAGGCGCUGAAAAUGUGUUUGAGAGCAUGGAGAACAGGGACAUUGUGACUUGGAAUUCCUUGAUAUCUGGGUAUGUUGAAAAUGGAUUGGUGAGGGAUGCCUUGAUGUUUUUUGACAAAAUGCCCGUGAAAGAUGUGAUUUCUUGGAAUUCGGUUAUUGCGGGCUUAGUGAAGGCUGGGGAUUUUGAUAAGGCUGAGGAGUUAUUCAAAAAAAUGGACACACGCGAUGUCGUAUCUUGGACUAUAUUGAUGAAGGCCUAUUUGGGGGCAGGGCGGCUUACCGAAGCCCGGAAAGUGUUUGAUGAUAUGCCCGUUAAAGAUAUUCAGGCUUGGAACACGAUGAUUCGUGGCUACGUGGAUAAUAACUUUGUCGAGAUUGCAGAAGGCUUGUUUCAUGAGAUGCCUGUGAAGGAUUUCAACUCAUGGAGUGUGAUGAUCGACAGCUUUGUGAGUAUUGGGAGAGUCAAAGACGCCUUGAUACUAUACAACGAGAUGCCUCAUAAAUUCGAAAAGUUGUGGAACUCGAUUUUGUUUGGAUUGGUCAAGAAUGGCUUCGUGAGAGAAGCUCACGCGAUUUUGGAAAAAAGACCGUUUGGUGGCGUAGUUUCACAUACAAAUAUCAUGGUCGGGUAUUUUAGCAUGGGAGAAACUGAAAACGCCAUGAAAGUUUUUCGGUUUUUACCCGCACGUGACACGACUGUGUGGAAUGUCGCCAUAUUCGGCCUUGGUGAAAAUGAUCACUUCGAGGAAGGUGUGAAAUUGUUUGUUCAAAUGAAAAAAGACUGUUUUGCGUUAGACGAAGCUACUUUCACUAGCUUUCUCACUAUAUGUUCGAAUUUGCCUUCAUUAGACCUCGGUAAACAAAUGCACGCGGAGGCUAUCAAAGUGGGAGGUGAUUCAUUUACUCCCGUCGGGAAUGCGUUUAUUACAAUGUAUUUUCGGUGUGGGAAUAUGGAGUCGGCAUUGUUUCAAUUUAAUUCCAUGACCCGUCGUGAUAUAAUCUCAUGGAACUCGGUAAUAUGCGGGCUAGCUCACCACGGGCACGGUGAAAAAGCGGUUGAAUUUUUUGAAAAGAUGAGAUUUGCGGACGUGAGCCCCAAUCAAAUAACAUUCGUGGGUGUACUAUCCGCGUGUAGCCAUGCGGGACUCGUGGGGAAAGGAAAACACUACUUUAAUCUCAUGUGGGACGAGUAUUCUUUCGAGCGGAUGAACGAGCACUACACAUGCAUGGUCGAUCUAUUAGGAAAAUAUGGGCUUAUCGAGGAGGCCAUGGGCCUCGUGCGCCAAAUGAGCCUAAACGGGCUGGAGGCCCACACGAGCGUUUGGGGAGCCUUGCUUGCGGCGUGUAGGGCGCACAAAAACAUUGCGGUGGCCGAGAUUGCCUGUCAGAGGAUUCUGGAGGUGGAGCCCACGAAUUCGGGCAUUUACAUGAUUCUUGCGGAGAUGUACUUGGCGAGUGGGAUGAGAGAGAAGGCAUACGGCGUGUGGGGUCGGAUGAGAGAGAAUGGAGUGAAGAAGCAGCCUGGGUGCAGCUGGAUCGAGUCGGGUGGGGCCGGGAAGGUGUUUCUGGCUGGGGACAGGACACAUCCCGAUUUCGCGAGUGUUUCGUGUGUUUUGGAUUCGGUUUAUCGACAGACGAGUGUCGAAAUCGGUGGUUUAAGUGCUGUGUUACGAGAUCGAGCUAUUGAAGCUGUGUAA